UCUGUUGGUAAUGCCUCGGGGCUCCAGUAGGGGGAUCACGCUCCUCUUCCUCAUUCAAUACAGACGAGUGAAGGGAAGAGCUGCAUGUGUGUUUUCCUCAUCCUUCCCCGUUACUAUUCCCCUUUUUAAGCCCGGAGUUAUUAUUCCACUUGAAGGGGCAGCGUGGAUGGAGGGGGGUGAGAUAGGUCACCGAGCCGAAACGGCCAAGCCAGGUCGAGAGACGAGAGACAGCAGCACCCAGACUGAGAGCAGAGUACAAGGCCAUGGUCCCAGGUUAUCCCGGGUUAAUUUGUUUACCUUACUGAGUUUAUGGAUGGAGUUGUUCCCUCAGGAACAACAGGAAGAGGAUGAAACCAGUCAGAUCCGUGGGAUGGGUCUGGUGGUGGUGCAGGACAGUAAGGUGGUGGGAUUCCACUUUUCAGGAGUGGAGCUCCAUGCAGGACAGGCAGCCAUUAUCCAACAUGGCUCAUGCUUGGCUGACUGUCAGCUAUACUUCUCGAGGAGACCCUGUGCCACCUGCCUUAAGAUGAUCAUCAAUGCUGGAGUCAGUCAGAUCUCCUUCUGGCCCGGAGACCCUGAGGUCAGCGUGCUCAAAACCACGUCCAGAGACCAUUUGCACACUCACUCCCACAGUCAGCUUGUUUGCAUCACAGAGGAGGCCGUACUAGACGCCGUUGCAACCGAGACGUUGAAGUCCAACAGUCGUCCUCACAUCUGUGUGCUGCUGCAGCCACUGGCACCUGCACUAGCUCAGUUUAUUGAAGAGACAUCCAGAGACUGUGAUUUCAUGGAUAAAGUAGCCGAUGAUGAGCCAGGCCUGAACACAAAGGAACUCUUUAACAGAGAACGACUGAGGCACGUGAAGAAUUUUUCCAAACAGUUCCUUGUUGAGGUGCCUCAGCAGCAUCAGGAGAUUUUGAUGCACAUGGGUCUUGAUAAUUACUGUGUGGAGCCAUACUUCUCAAACCUGAGACACAACAUGAGGGAGCUGGUGGAGGUUCUCGCUACAGUGACUGCUGGAGUGCCACUGCAACACCAUGGAUUCUACAGAGAACAGUGUUCGACACCUGAGCCAUCACUCUCCAGGUCCUUCCUGCCUCCUCACUGUGAAGGAGUAUCACAAGAAGUGGCUCGUCAUUGCAUCAUCCAAGCCCGACUGCUGGCCUAUAGAACAGAGGAUCCCAAAGUAGGUGUGGGUGCUGUUAUUUGGGCCAGAGGACUCACGGCUGGCAGUGCUGGAAUGGGGAGUCUGUCCCUAGUGGGUUGUGGGUACAACGCUUACCCAGUAGGAUCACAGUAUGCCGAGUAUCCACAGAUGGACACCAAACAAGAAGACCGGCACAGACGUAAAUACAGAUUCAUUGUCCACGCGGAGCAGAACGCCCUCACCUUCAGGGCCAGAGACAUCAAAGCAGGAGAGCCCACCAUGUUGUUUGUGACUAAAUGUCCAUGUGAUGAAUGUGUACCACUGAUGAGAGGAGCUGGUAUCACGCACAUAUACACCACUGACCAGGACCGGAACAAAAACAAGGGAGACAUUUCCUACCUGAGGUUCAGCAGCCUGAACGACAUCAGCAAGUUGACAUGGCAGAGGAGCCCUUCAAUCAGCUCAUCUCCCUCUCAUAUUGCCAACGGUGGUGUUGGGAAGCACAGUCGACAGACUGAGCAGUCGAGCUACACCAACAAGAGACUGUGCAUCAAUAGAGUCCAUGACUCACCUUCUGUCAGCUGAGCAUCACCAAACAGAUGAAUCGAAACCCACAUGAUCAUAGUUUAUUUUAAUACGUGCCAUAGACUAGAUCAUUUCUGGUUAAAUUGAUAUAAUAUGAUUGUAGUCUUUGACUAUUAUUAUUAAUGUUGUUCAGAAACAAAAAUUUUCACCUGAAAUUCUACGUUUAUUUAAUGAUGACGAUUUAAUGACCAGAGGCUGCUUAAAAUAGAGCUUAGUGUUAGUGGUGUGUGAUUGGAGGACUAUGCACCAAGUCCUUUUCCAAACACUGGGUCAGGACCCACAGAUGGGUCGUGGGAGAUAUGUUUCUGGGCCCAAAAACAAAUUUGAAUAAUUUCCCCCAACUUUGGUUAAGAUUUUGGGGGUGGAGUGGCUCACAUUAGUGGUAGCAGUGUUUGGAAUUCUAGCUCUGGGUACUGGGCAUUUGGGUCAUGAUAGUUUGCCAUCUUCAAAAAGUGGGUCCCCCAUAGCAUGAAACUCACUGUGUGUUUGGCAGUGAGAGGUAAAAGUAAACAGAAAAGUGUACAACAAAGUGACCUCAGUGGGAGAUGAGCCACUAGAAUAGAAAACUGUGAUGCGGAGAUUUGUCAUUUAGUUGUUUUUAAAAGGUGGUGAAACUUAUUACUGUGUUAGAUGCAAAGACAUCAGUACAUUAUGUGUGUUUGCACAGGUUGCGAUGGAUCCUUUUAACUAGAUUCAACUGAAGUUUGAAAAUGUUUACAAACUGUAGUCUGUGUUAUAAUUGUUUUUAGUAUAUGAAUUGAACAAAGGCUUCAAAUACAUCAACUCUGUUUCUAGAUAUUGAUACUAGGAAGUAUCAAAAUGAACGUUAUCACUGGCAACAGACAGAGAUUUAUUUUCUUUUAGUGUCCACUCUUGGUAAUUUAUUUUUUUUUGGAAAAAAAAAAAGGACUUGUUUAAAAAGUCUGGUACUAAUAAACACGCUGUUCUAUAACUUCAUUGAAAAAAGGAGAGAAAGUAAAACUAAAUUCAGAGCGAGAGAAACAAGUGUCAGCUGUAGAGAAUACAGCAUGAUCCAUAGGCACACCGUUGGAACCACUACUAUUUAAAGAAUAAGUGAAAUUAAAAAUGUAAUGUAUAAGAGGUUUAUUAUGAAGAAUAAAGUGUAAACAAGUGACCCCACA